AUGACUUUGUUUAGUUGCGAAAGUGAUUCUGCUGAACAGGCGUCAACGACUGCUGAUGAGGAUAAUGGCGAUUCAACUAGGCAUUCAACUAGUGAUAGUGUUAAUGGGAGCACUACUGAUACGGACUCAAAUAAUGAGUUAUCAUUGACACCUUUUGCUACUAAAAAUAUGGUACCAAAGGAAAUCAACGAAAAAAAGUAUUCAAAUGGAAUUUUUGACAAUAAGAAAUUGAAUCUUCAAAGUGACACUGAAACGAGAAACUUGCUUGAUGAUGUUGGUGAGGAUUUUGAUGAAGAUUACAAUCUAAAUUUGCAGGAAUCUGAAAUUGAAUUGGAUCCUCGUAUGUUUGAUUUAUCAGAAGAGCAACUAAAUUAUUAUACAAAUUGUUUCCUUUAUUUGAUGCAAAAAACACAGGGCUCUGCUUCAAUGAAUGGCGCAAUUCAAGGUGUGGACAGAAUUGUACUUGAUUUCUUUCGAAAAAGUCGUCUUGACAAUCUCUCGUUAUCGAAAAUUUGGUCUUUAAGUGAUGUAAAUGAAGAUGGAUUUUUGAAUUUAAGUGAAUUUAUUAUAGCUAUGCAUCUUAUUGUUUUGCAUGUUAAGUGUAAUGUCUCUAUACCUGCCGAAUUGCCACAGCCUAUUCGCCUAUCAAACACUCCCACUAGAACUUUAGUUCGCUUUGAAGACGGAAUAUUUGGUGCAUUUCCGGAAAGCAGACCUAAUUCAGCAAUAAAUUCUUUCACAAAAUUUAUACCUGAAUGCAUCUCUUCAAGUUCUGGUGAUAGUCAACAAAUGACAAAAUCUUUAUUAAAUUCAAAUGAAAAACAAGUUUCGACUUCAAAAGUGGUACCAGGUUUACCUCAAUUGCUUGCUUCAACAGCAAGAGGACCACCACCACAACCUCCAUAUCGGGAUUAUAAUGAAGGAAAUAAAGGACAUGGAAGAAGUGUUAGUUUGGAUCUUAAAACUUUUUCAGCACUUUCGUCGUUUUUGACAAAUAAAGAUAAUAAACAAGGUUAUGAUAUGGUGGAUUGUUCCAAAUCUGUAUUAUCGACAAAUGCAUCUUCACACACAGGAUUUGUAGAUAAAAGUGCCCAAACAGAAUUAAAUGUGAUUUCAACAUGUACACAAACAGAAACAGAUGAUAUUGACGAUCAACUUCUCUUCUCUAUACAUAAUUUUAAUGCAAAUAAUUUAACACCCAAAGAACGCUGUAAAGUUCUUCAACAAAUUAAUGAACGGUUAGAAAUGGAAAAGUUAACAUUAAUGCAAGUUCGGCUUCAAGUCAAACUACGGAUUGAAGAGGCAGAAGCAGAACUUAAACAUUUCAAGGAUAACACAAAUUCUGAUCAACAAAUAUGGGGUUUGAAGCCAACGGCUUUGUGA